AUGCGGUGCGAGAUACGUGCGGGUGCAAAGAUCAAGAUCCGGAAGUCGAGGGUUGAAACACCAGCGUGGCACGAUGCAGGUGGAGAUGAUGGGGUGGCGGGUGAGGAACAAGGUGGUGGUAAUGGUGGUAAUGGUGAUGAUGGUGAUGAUGGUGAUGAUGGUGGUGAUGGUGGUGAUGGCUUGACGACGAGACUGAUGAUAAGCCACGGCAACGAAAAGCUGACUAAGCCUAAGAGAAGCGGGAGCGUGUUAACGAGAUUUGCGGCAUUGGACCCCUCUUUUGCUGGCCGUUGUUGCUAG